AUGACCACUCCAACAUCUUCAGCAACAGAGAGCGCCCCGACCAGACUCGGUGAAAAAGUCCCAGUUGUUCAGUCUACAGUAGGCGAUGGAGCACUGCAGCUGCUGGCUGAAGCCGGCUCUGUCGGAGUUGUUGAUCCCGAGACAUCUAGAAGACUCUUGCGCAAAAUCGACUUGUAUGUCAUGCCACUGAUCUGCAUCGUUUACUUCCUGCAGUAUCUGGACAAGAUCGCCAUCAGCUAUGCCAGCGUCACCGGAAUGCGCGAGUCAGCGAAGCUCUACGGCAACCAAUUUAACUGGGUGUCCAGUGUGUUCUUUUUCGGCCAGCUCGCCUUCUCCUUCCCCACAAUGCGCCUGGUGCAAGCAUUUCCCCUAGCAAGAUAUGUGGCUGUCAACGUUACAGUCUGGGGCACCAUCCUGGCCUGUAUGUCCGCUUGUCAUUCAUUUGCCGCCCUGAUGGUCUGCCGCACGCUUCUGGGUGCCGCGGAAGCCGCAGUCGUGCCUGCCUGGGUGGUCUUCACCUCGCAGUGGUACCGGAAGGAGGAACAGGCUUUCCGUGUCGGUUUGUGGUUCUCCAUGUGUGGAUGGGCGCAGAUGUUCGGCGGCUACGUCGCAUAUGGUGUAGCAAUUCACAUUGGUGGGGAUCCUAGCGCUGAUCGGCAUUCUCUUUUUUUCAUCCUGCCUGAUUCCCCUGUUACUGCGGGAUUUCUAUCCCCAGAAGAAAAGGCGAUGCACGCGGAGCGUCUUCGAGGCAACGGGCAGGGCAUUGGAAGUAAUGUUUUCAAAAAAGCUCAGUUUUACGAAGCUCUUACCGACCCGCACACUUGGCUCUACGCUUUCUGGGUCCUGGCGGCAAAUGUUCCAAACUCUAUUGCUACGAGUUUUGGAAAUACCCUGGUAACGGGGAUGGGCUACUCAGCAACACAAAGUCUCUUGCUUGUUACCCCGCUGGGAGCUUACGAGGUGGUGGUGUUAGUUGGGUUGACCUAUAUGGCAAUGAAAACACAGCAGCGACUAUUCUGGUGCAUCAUGGGCCAUAUCCCGGCAAUCGUGGGGGCGAUUCUUAUGGCGACAACUGGCAAGGUGCCGGCCCUUGUGGGAUACUACCUCUCGGGAGGCAUUCCGAUCGGGUGGACGACAAUCCUUGGGCUCACCAGUACCAAUGUAGCUGGCUCAACCAAGAAGAUCACCGUGUCCUGCAUCCAGACGAUCGCCUACACUGUCGGCAACAUCAUCUCGCCCCAAACAUUCCAAGCCAAAGACGCCCCAAAAUAUUUGCCGGCCAAAAUCUCUAUCGUUAUUCUGUACUUCCUCAUCACAAUAGACCUCUGCCUUAUCUGGUGGCUAUCAAUCCGAGAGAAUCGCCGGCGCGAUCAGGAGAAGGAAGAAUUAGGUGGCGCGAGCGUCCUUCCAGAGAACUACGAGUUUCUAGACUUAACGGACAGGGAGAACCGGGACUUUCGUUAUGCUAUAUGA